UAUUUAAUAUAUAUUUAUAUGGUGAUUGGGUCUUACAAUCCUGCUCAUUUUCAUCAACCCAUUAUGCAACACUUGCGUUCUCCCGCCCACCAAAUAGCGUCUCGCCUUCGGAACACAGCGCUUCGUCGAACCCAUGUACUCGUAGCAUCACAGCAGCGACAGCAGAAUGGUGAUACGGAUGGCUCUUUCAAGGUGCUUCACCUGAUGCGCCACGGGGUCACGGAGAUGAACGACUACCUUGCAGUCAACCGCUAUGAUGCUCCCGAUUUCGUAGACCCGCUGAAGUACGACACGGUCCUCACUGCUCGGGGGCGGGCGAGCGCGCAGGCAGCAGCCAGCGUGGCGGAGCGACUGAGUCCCCCGCCCGAGCUGCUGCUGGUGUCGCCCCUCACUCGGGCGCUCCAGACGGCCCACCUGGCCUUCAUGCCGCACUACCGGGGCCCGGUGAUGGUCGAGCCACUGGCGAGGGAGAGGGUGUGGCACGCCUCCGACAUUGGCAGCAGUCGCGAGCAGCUGCAGCAGGCCUUCCCGGAUGGCAGGUUUCCGCUGAACACGCUGCCGGACGUGUGGUGGUAUUGCGUGAAGCCCGAGGACCCGCGCGCCGUGGGGCUGGAGCCGGAAGCUCUCUUCCGCGCUCGCAUCGCGGCGCUGCGGCGGCUGCUGGCUGCCCGCCCUGAGCGCAGCAUCGCGCUGGUGGCGCACUGGGGGGUGCUGCAUGAGCUGACGGGCGGGGUGGAGUUCGCAAACUGCGAGAUCCGGAGCUUUGCCAUGGAGACGCGGAGGGCAGAGGUGGCGGCAGCCGGGGCGCGGCAAGAAGGAGCAGGGGGAAGUGCUGAGGGCGGGCAGAAACGGUGUGACGGGGUUACAGAUUGCGGUGAUGGGGGUGAGGGUGGAGAGGUGGAGGUGAUGAUUCGGGAGCUGCGACUUGAAGAGCAGCGGGAGCAAGCGGCUGCAGUGGUGGGGUAACCCCCGGAUGAGAGAGAAACCGAUUAGUACCGAAUGAGGGCGGGGAAGGGGACCGAACGGAGGUGCGCCGCGUCCAAGACUGAACAGCACGACGGUGGGGUGAGCGCAUGGGCUGGUGGUGGUGGGUUGGGGCAGGAGCUGUGACAAUUGGGUCUUUAUACGGUAUAAUGAGCCCAUUGUGUGCGGGGACAAGAGGGUAGGUAUGCACACUCAGGGAGUCUGCAGGUCUGCACAGGUGGCCUACAUUUAUGUGUACAUGUGCCUUCACUUGGAUGUAUGUAUGCCUUUACACUAUAGCUGCGGAAGGCUUGCGAACCAGGGGUUGUCAUCAUAGUUCUGCACAACUGAAUUCUUACUUAGGGUAUCUAAUUAUGGUUUGGGCACCCGUGCCUAAACAGAAUGCGUCGUGGCCCUGUGAUGGCAAGGGGGUAUCACAGCAAUAAGCCCUUAUGUUUUCACGUGUCCUAACACCAUAUAACCCUCGCUGCCACAUGGCUGUGGUUCAAGGAGAGGGGCUGUAUGUCUGGUGUACGUUUAGGUACUAUCCUGCGAACACUGUUUGUUGAAUUACCGGCACUGAGGAGAGGAGAGGAUCCAUUGUGUACUGCGCUUGGCUCCUUUGGCUCCAUUGGUUGGGGUACCUGCCGUACACGGCAGCUUUUGUGCUUGGGGUACACACGUACUGCUAGAGCUGGGGUGCAUGUGAUGCUGAUGCUGUAGAGGGGUGAAGAGCAGUUGCCACCAGUAGAGUUGGCAGUACUGUAAAUGUGAGAGAACAUGUACGGCACCGUAUCUCAUUGUA